AUGGUUGAUCUUUUGCAAUUCAGUCCACUCACACUACACUAUGCCUACUUUAUUCUCACAUCUGUCACCGGCAGUAUCAUAUUCUACGCUGUGCCGUCGAAUAUCUAUGGUCUCCACUAUUCUGAUGCUUUGUUCAUGUGUUUCAGCGCUAUGACGGGGACUGGGCUGAAUGUGAUGGACCUGUCUACACUAGACCCUUUACAGCAGGGCACCCUGUUUUCCCUUCUUAUUCUCGGACAUGCUUUUCCUAUCAUCGCAACCAUCUCUCUAUUGCGUGCCUGGAAGCUCCGAUCUUCUCUGAAAUAUAACUCAAACAAGGAAAAAGAAAAAGAAAAGCAAACAGGGUUAAGAAUAUCGACCUUGCAAAUAGAGGAAAAACAACUGGCCUGUGAUAAAGAGGGUGCUCUGUAUACCAAAGUUAUAGGCAAGGCAAGAACCACCACUGUAGUGGGAGAGGUUCAAUCAGAUGUUUCCUCUCAGUGCGGGCCUGAAGGAUCAUGGAACGACUAUGGCGUUAUCGUUCUCACAGACCCGAGACAUCUGGACCAAAUCCAGCGAGUUACUUCCAUCAUUCUUGAUGACAAGAAGGAUGUCGGCACUCGGAAGGCACAUAUCUCAAGCCCGAGUUCCUGGCUAAAGAGCAUGGUGCAACCAGCAGCUAACCACCUCCCCUGCAGAGACUCAAUCAACUGCAAUGAAUCAGGCGAGGUAGAGUACAGGGCACUUUAUCUGAUUGCAGUGCUUGUUGUACUCUAUUUCAUCGGCUUCCUCAUUCUUGGUAUCGUGAGCAUCGGUCUCUGGUCAAACUUCGUCCGCCCAGAUAUUCCACGGGAGGAUGAAGCCUCCCCUUUUGGGCAGGCGCUUUUCUUGCUACAUCUGCCUUUUGUAACAACGGGAUGUCCCUCAUUGAUACUAAUAUGGGUCCUUAUCAAAAAGAGUGAGUAA